AACCAAAAUUCUUUGACGUCUAUAAAACAAUCACCAUCGCCGUCACCACCUCCACCUCAAAUCCAACAACAACCAUCUCAAGCUUUACCUCAACCAACAACUUCUAAUCAAUGGGCAGUAGAUGAUAAUAAAUAUGCAAAUGGAAUUCCUGCACUUCCAACAAAUCCAAUUAUAGGAUAUUAUAACACUCAACAACAACAG